AUGCCUGCGGCAAGUUCGUCUUCAAACAAAAAACCACCGUCAAUGCGGGCGUUGACGGCAAGGUUGAAGGAAAUACAACUAUCCUUCAGCGAUAUUUGGCGGUUUGUACAAUCUUUCAAGGAGUCUAACACGGUUACUGAUAUCGAAGUACGCCUUGGUAAGUUGGAAGAAUUGUGGGAAAGCUUCAGUGAUACCUUUGUUGAAAUCCUAUCCCACGAUGACUACAACGCCGAAGGGUCGGCGUACGAGAAGGAGCGAAUGGAAUUCAGUGACAACUAUUACGAGGUCAAGACCUUCUUAAUGGACAAGGUCAAGGAGCUUCAGGAACCCCAGGUUUUGGAGCAGUCUCUUCGAGCAGGUGAUGGUUUGCCGCAUGGGACCUCAGACCACGUCCGCCUUCCACAAAUUAAACUUCAAACAUUCAAUGGUGACGUGGACGAAUGGUUGAGCUUCCGGGACUUGUUCACUUCGCUUAUACACUGGAAGGUGGACCUACCAGAGGUGGAGAAGUUCCACUAUUUGAAGGGGUGUCUUCAAGCGGAGCCUAAAAGCUUGAUCGACCCACUCCAAAUCACCAAAGCCAAUUAUCAGGUGGCAUGGGAAAUGCUGUUGAGGCGAUACAACAACAGCAAGCAAUUGAAGAAGCGGCAGGUGCAGUCGCUCUUUAAUCUACCUACACUCUCCAAGGAAUCAGUCACAGAUCUUCACGUUCUCGUUGAAGGCUUCGAAAGAAUCGUGCAGACUCUCGAUCAGGUGAUUCAACCGGCGGAUUAUAAGGACUUGCUGUUGGUCAACAUUCUCACUGCUAGACUGGAUCCGGUCACUCGACGGGGGUGGGAAGAGGUCUCCGCUUCAAGGGAGAAUGAUACGCUGGUAGAUUUGUCGGAUUUUCUGCGGCGUAGAAUCCAGGUUUUGGAUUGCUUACCGUCAAGAGCGGUUGACACUAGGGGUGUUCAACAGGCAGCGCAACAACUGAAGCCGAAACAGCAACCAGUGAGGACCAGCUAUAGUUCGACCCAAGCGUCUGGGGGGCGCUGUGUAUCCUGUUCAGCGGAUCACCUAUUGUACCAGUGUAGCGCUUUUCAAAAGAUGGCCGUAACGGACAGAGAUGCACUGUUGAAGGUUCAUGCGCUCUGUCGGAAUUGCUUCAGGGCAGGACACCAGGCAAGGGAUUGCCAAUCUAAAUUCUCUUGUCGAAAUUGUAAGGGUCGUCACCACACACUGGUCUGCUUUAAGUCGGAGAGAAAUAAGGAUUCUAAGGUUACAGCAGCUGCUGCGAGCAGUAAACCACCAAUUUCCAAGGAACCAACAACCUCUACUUCAACCCAAGUGGCUAAUGUGGCUGCAACUGAUGUCCUGGUGUCUGGUGCGACUCACCAGUAUUCUUCUAAGGUGUUACUGGCUACAGCAGUUGUUUUGAUUGAGGACGGGGAAGGUAAUCGACUUCCCGCUCGCGCCCUUCUGGAUUCGGGCUCGGAAAGUAACUUCAUUACGGAGCGGUUAAGUCAACGGUUAAAGAUAUUUCGUGAUCGCGUGGAUAUAUCAGUCCUCGGAAUUGGACAAACUGGAACCAAGGUUAAGCACAGGUUACGUGCGGUGAUCCGGUCACGUAUAUCUUCAUUUUCUCGAGAGUUGGGUUUAUUAGUUCUACCCAAGGCUACGGUCAACCUUCCAACCUCUACUCUCAACACGGAUAGAUGGAUAAUACCGGAUGGGAUUCAACUUGCAGAUCCUGCAUUUUUCGAGUCUAGCGCAGUGGACCUCGUGCUCGGCAUCGAAUCCUUCUUCGACUUUUUUGAAACCGGUCGAAGAAUUUCCAUUGGGGAAGGCCUACCGACUCUCAACGAGUCCGUGUUCGGAUGGGUUAUAUGCGGCGGCGUUUCGGUUUCAACCCAAGCCCUACACAUUAAUUGCAACGUAUCUACAUUGGAUGGGCUUGAUGAGUUGAUGUAUCGCUUUUGGUCUUGUGAGGAGGUAGAGUCUGGUAAGGCUCACUCACUGGAGGAGAAACGCUGCGAGGAGCUUUUUCUACGUACUGUUCAAAGAAAUCCAGACGGUCGGUACACCGUCGCUUUACCCAAGAAUGAAGACGUACUUUCACGGUUGGGCGAGUCAAGGGACAUCGCAAUCCGACGGCUUCAGGGAACAGAACGUAGGCUGGCAAGAGACUCAUCACUACGGGAUCAGUACGCUGCCUUCAUGGAGGAAUACCUAGCGCUGGGGCACAUGAGUAAGGUCGACAAUGUUUCUGCAGGAUCAGUCAAACGGUGCUAUCUACCGCACCACCCGGUGGUCAAGGAAUCGAGCACUACCACCAAGGUUCGCGUGGUCUUCGAUGCUUCUUGUAAGACCUCUUCGGGAGUAUCGCUCAACGAUGUGUUGCUGGUUGGGCCAGUGAUACAGGAGGAUCUACGAUCAAUAAUCUUACGAAGUCGGACCAAACAGAUCAUGCUCGUGUCCGACGUGGAGAAAAUGUUCCGGCAGAUCAACGUAAGCCCACAAGAUCGACCACUUCAGUGUAUUCUUUGGCGUGCCACGCCAACAGACAAGAUUGACACUUAUGAGCUGAAUACAGUUACGUAUGGUACCAAACCAGCACCGUUUUUGGCUACCAGAACGAUUCAACAGCUGGCUGUAGAUGAGGAGAACCACUUUCCACUUGCUGCAAGGGCGCUCACCGAAGACACGUACAUGGAUGAUGUGAUCACUGGCGCAGACGAGGUCGAUACAGCACUGAAGCUACGAAAGCAGCUGGAAACGAUGAUGUCAAGGGGAAGAUUUCGAUUACGAAAGUGGGCAUCGAACUGCCCUUCAGUGCUAGAAGGUAUUUCCGAGGAGGAGCUAGCAAUACGGACUUCGGAUGGAAUCGAUUUGGACCCAGACCCGACAGUUAAAACCUUAGGAUUGGCAUGGAUGCCAAUCACGGAUACGUUAAAGUUCCAAUUCACGAUUCCCACCCUGGACACUGCAACACCGCUAACUAAACGCUAUGUGUUGUCUGUGAUUGCCACUCUAUUUGACCCUUUGGGGCUUUUGGGAGCUGCUAUUACGUCGGCGAAGAUUUUUAUGCAGCUAUUGUGGACGUUACGAGACGAAACCAAUAACAGAUUAGGUUGGGACCAGCCACUACCUCCAACGGUGGGUGAGUCCUGGAAAAGAUACCACGAACAACUUCCGCUUUUCAACCAACUCCGGAUUGAUCGUUGCGUGAUCAUACCGGAAGCCUUUAAGAUCGAGAUUCACUGCUUCUCGGAUGCCUCGGAGAAAGCUUACGGCGCAUGUCUGUACUUGAAGAGUCAGAAUGCAAAAGGGGGGUUUAGAGUCCGACUGCUAUCCUCCAAAUCAAAGGUUGCUCCUCUGAAGUGCCAAACUAUACCUAGACUGGAGCUCUGCGGUGCUCUUUUAGCAGCCCAGCUAUAUGAGAAGGUCAAGCAAUCGAUUAGGAUACCUACAAAAACCUUCUUCUGGACUGAUUCGACAUGUGUCUUACGGUGGCUUCAAGCGACUCCAACCACAUGGACUACAUUCGUCGCUAAUCGAACGGCGAAAAUUCAAACAAUUACGGAGGGCUGUCAAUGGGGACACGUCCCAGGAGUUCAAAACCCAGCAGAUCUGAUAUCUAGAGGAAUCAGUCCGGAAGAUAUUCUUAAGAACACCUACUGGUGGCAAGGUCCAUGCUGGUUGGAGAAGGAGCAGCAUGAAUGGCCAAAAAAUCUCGUGGAUCAACCGAUAGACGAGGGAGAGGAAGAGAAGCGACGCACGGUGGUUGCUGCAACUGUUUCCGUUCACGAGAAGUUCAACCAAGAAUAUAUAGCUAAAUUUUCAACGUAUAGUGAUCUCAUUCGCCGUACUGCAUACUGGUUGCGAUUGAUGAAUCUUCUACGAGUACCAGCAAGGGAUCGAAAUUGCGCAGCAUUUCUUACCACGGACGAAUUGAGGCAGGCGGAGAACACACUGAUCCGUCGAGUGCAGAAAGAGGUCUUUGCAGAUGAGUGGAAGGCCCUAUCCAAGGGUACUGCAGUUUCAAGGGGAUCCCCGAUACGUUGGUACAACCCAUUUAUUUCGAAUGAUGAGCUAAUCAGACUAGGAGGACGAUUGCGGCACUCUCUCGAAUCGGAGAACACCAAACAUCCAAUCGUUUUACCCGCACAACACCAGUUUACUCGAUUGAUUUUACGAUACUACCACGAGCGACUACUCCACGCUGGCCCGCAGUUGUUAUUGGGAGUAGUCAGGCUCAAGUUUUGGCCAUUGGGGGGUAGAAGUGUUGCAAGACACAUCGUGCAUAAAUGCCAACGAUGCUUUCGUUCAAAACCAACACUAGUUCAACAAUUUAUGGGAGACCUACCAGCCUCACGAGUUACGGUGUCCCGCCCGUUUUCCCGUUCCGGAGUUGACUAUUUUGGCCCUGUCUACAUAAGGCCUGUUCCGCGACGAGCAGCAGUUAAGGCAUACGUAGCCAUUUUUAUUUGCCUUUGCACCAAGGCUGUUCAUUUGGAGCUCGUUACAGACCUUUCUACCAACCGGUUUCUUCAAGCACUGCGACGAUUUGUGUCCAGGAGAGGACGAUGCACGGACAUGUAUUCCGACAACGGAACCAACUUUGUUGGUGCGCGAAACCAAUUGCAAGAGUUCCUCAAGAUGCUGAAGAAUCGCGAUCACUAUGAUGCAGUGUCUAAGGAAUGUGCGAAAGAAGGAAUUCAAUGGCACUUUAAUCCGCCAAGCGCACCCCAUUUCGGGGGCCUCUGGGAAGCUGCAGUUCGUUCGGCCAAGCAUCACCUGCUAAGGGUAGUAGGUGAAACACCUGUGUCUCCAGAGGAUUUCGUUACAUUGCUGGCUCAGGUGGAAGGAUGUCUGAAUUCCCGACCUUUAACACCAAUGUCUGACGAUCCCAACGAUCUAGAACCACUGACGCCAGCGCAUUUUCUCAUCGGUUCGUCUAUCCAUGCUAUACCAGAACCAGAUCUAGCUACGGUACCAGUUAAUCGACUCAACCACUGGCAACUCAUCCAAUGCAAGCUGCAAGCCUUUUGGACUAGAUGGCGUAGGGAAUACCUCAGUCAGUUGCAAGCGAGGACGAAGCGAUGGAAACCAGCAAGUUCCAUUGAGGUGGGAAGGCUAGUAGUCAUCAGGGAAGACAACCAACCUCCCAUGAAAUGGAAGAUGGGAAGAAUUUGCGAGGUUCAUCCAGGUGCAGAUGGAGUGGUGAGAGUAGUCACCCUAAGGACAGCCACAGGACUGCUUUCUCGACCGGUGGAAAAGAUUUGCAUCCUACCACUCUCGGAUGAAGACACUGGACCCGAUGCACCAAAAACGUCCAACUGA